GUGGUACUACACGUGGGGAGUGUGCGCGCAGGCAGGAAAGGUGUGCGCAUGUGAGAGAAACAACCACAAAGAAGCCAUUCCUCGCGCCCCCGCCUCUCUCUCCCCUGUCUUUCGCCAAGGACAGCCCACGUCGACGCGGACGCACGAUCCGCGGAACAUCCCGUCCGCCGGCACGUCCUCCCUCUCCUGCCCACACUGAUUACUACGGGGCAUCUGUGAUUGGCUGGUGCUCGUUCCGCUCCCUCCCCCUGUGUGUGAUUGUAUGUAAAUCCGGACGGGACCGAGCCCGUGGGUGAGGUUGGGGCUGGUGGCUCCUGCCUCUGUGGCGCACACGAGCGCGGGGAGCGGUGGAGGUGAGAGCGGAGCUGUCCACUCCGCUGGUGCUGAACUCCUGCCUUCCUCCGGCUCUGCUGAGCAACCGCGUUAUUUUUGGAAAGGAUUAGCGACGUUCCCUCGAGCUGCUCGCGGGACAAACUUCUCCUUUGGACGUCCGUCUCUGACCACAUCGGGAAUACAACACAGCAGGCGCGGACUGACGGAACGGAGACCGUCGUCAAUGACACUUAGUUGAGAAGUCUUUCUCGAUUCCACCCCGUGUUCGGAUUACUCUCUGCUUGCUUUGGCACAGGACACACAGGAAAGCAGCAAUGAAGACGGCUGCGCAAUGGUCGCUGCCAGUGCUGCUGUUGGGGCUUGUUGUGCUUGGCAUCAAUGGAAGACCCAAUAAGGAGGAGUUUGGGCCACAGCCCUACCGAGCAGUCAUGAGAUUUCGCCACAAGGAAAAGAUCCCACAAAGCCUGAAAACAACAGGUUUCUUGGGACACGGUGGCCAUCCAGGCCCAUGUGAACAUAAGUAUUGUGGUUUGGGACGUCACUGUGUGGUCAACCAUGAGACCAAACAAGGGGAGUGCAAGUGUCUGGAUCACAGCAAACCACACUACAAACCUGUGUGUGGCUCAGAUGGGAAACUGUACCAGAACCACUGUGAGCUCCAUCGGGCUUCUUGUCUCAGAGGUCACAAGAUUACCAUCAUGCACAGCGAGGAAUGCUAUUAUAAAGAUGAUGCUUGCCGGCUGAGUGACUAUCAUCGGCUGAAAACUAAGAUUUUGGAUUUACAAGACCGACGGUUCACGGGUUCUGCUUUUCGUGGAGCUCACCACGACACCAUGGCUGCCAAAAAGCAGCUGGUGGAUGUGAUGUUCAAGAGCUUUGACAUAGACAAUGAUGGUCGAAUAGAUGCCAGUGAGCUCUCACAAGUCAUCAAACACGAAGGUUUGUCCAUGGACGCCACUGACUGCACACUGUUUGACCUCCUGAAGUACAACGACGUCAACGACGACGAGCAUCUGACAAAAGAAGAAUUUUACACGGCCUUUGAUGUAUAUCUUCUCAGCUUACCAGAUGACCAAAAGGUCACAGUCACGACCAUGACUGCAGGAGAGAGCGCUGUGUUGACCUGCGCCAUCACUGGGGAGCGCAGGCCUCCCAUUUUAUGGAAGAGAAACCACCAGUACCUGAAUUCCCUGAAUCUGGAAGACAUCAAUGAUUUCGGAGAUGACGGCUCCCUGUAUAUUACCAAAGUGACUACCACCCACAUGGGCAACUACAGCUGUCAUGCUGAUGGAUACGAGAAGCUGUUUCAGACCCACAUUCUUCAAGUAAAUGUUCCUCCUGUCAUCCGAGUUUAUCCAGAGAGUCAGGCCAGAGAGCCGGGUAUCACAGCCAGCCUGCGCUGCCACGCCGAGGGCAUCCCCAGCCCACAGCUCUCCUGGCUCAAGAACGGAAUGGACAUUAAAGUCAAGCUGUCCAAACAGCUCACCCUGCAAGCGAAUGGAAGCGAGGUGCACAUCAGUAACGUGCACUUUGAGGACACAGGCGCCUACACUUGCAUCGCCAAAAAUGAGGCUGGCGUUGAUGAGGACAUCUCUUCACUUUUUGUGGAGGAUUCUGCUCGCAAAACCUUGGCAAACAUUUUGUGGCGAGAAGAAGGUCUUGGAAUUGGAAACAUGUUUUAUGUGUUCUACGAUGAUGGGAUUAAAGUCAUCCAGCCAGUUGCCUGUGAGAUCCAGCGACACAUUAAGCCCAGUGAGAAGCUGCUGGCUCUGCAGGAGGAAGUGUGCCCCAUGUCGCCGGGGGAGACGGUUCAGAAGUGUGUGUGGUCAUCAGCGGUCAACAUCAAGGACAAGUUUAUUUAUGUGACGCAGCCAACCUUGGAUCGAGUGCUUGUUGUUGACAUCCAGUCUCAGAAGGCUGUCCAGACUGUCAGCACUGACCCGUAUCCUGUGAAGCUCCACUAUGACAAGUCUCAUGACCAGGUGUGGCUGCUCAGCUGGGGAGACAUGGAGAAGAACUUCCCCACACUGCAGGUGAUCAAUCAGGCGAGUGGCAGAGUCUCCCACCACACCGUUCAUACGCAGCCAGUGGGCAGGCGCUUUGACAGAGUGGAGGACUUCUUCAUCCCCGCCUCCAGCCUCAUCGCCAACCAUGUCAGGUUUGGUCUCAUUCUUCACAAAAACGAGCCUGUCCUGCACAAGAUCAAUCUAGAGACCACUUCCUAUGUAAAGAACAUCAGUUUAUGGGAGUAUAAUUGCAUUCCCAGUUCUGUGGCAUACACCCAUCUUGGAGGCUACUACUUUAUUAAUUGCAAAGCAGACUCUACAGGUGCCACACAGCCCCAGGUUAUCCUGGACAGCGUGACAGACAGCGUGAUUGGCCAAAACCGGGAUAUCACUGGCACUCCCUAUGUAUCACCAGAUGGUCGCUACCUGGUCACAGUUGAUGAUGGUGAUGGCCUGAUGAGGAUCCAAAGAGUCUCGGAGCGUGGGGAAAUCCAGGAGCCUUUUGACAUUCACACCAACCUGCACCUGUCAGACCUGGCCUUCCAACGCUCUUUCACAGAGGUGCACCAAUACAAUGUGUUUGGGAGCUCCGGUCGUCAAACCGAUGUGCUCUUUGUGGAAUUGAGCAGUGGCAAAGUGAAGAUGAUCAAGAGCUUAAAAGAGGCCACAAAAUCAUUCGACUGGCCAUGGAGCAACAAGAACCGGGUCGUGGUGGGUAGUGGACUCUUCGGCCAGUAUCUUGUAACUCCAUCUAGAGAGUCUGUUUUCAUUCUGGAUGGACGACUCAACAAGCUCAACUGUGAGAUCAUGGAUGUCCUCAAAGGCAAUGUGGUGGUGUGGGUAGGAGACUCUUAAGUCACCAUAUCCAAUCUGCUUUUCUGUCUUUAUACUAUUGCACUGAAUUUUGUUGCUGAUUGUUUAACUCUGUGAGGGGAGGAUGGUAAAAGCCACAGGUUCAGAACCCCAAUAUGUUUGUAAAACCACUACUAGGGAUUGUUGUCCAAACUCAAAACAAAAACUAAAAUAAUUUGAUUACACAAUUUUAAAAGACAAAUAUGCAUUUUUAUUUUCACAUGGUUCAUUUCCUUUAUUUAAACAAAAUUGGCUGCCCAGAUAAUUUUUCUGGAAUAUUGGUAAGAAUUUAAAACCAUGUGUAAUAUUAUUCCAUUGUGUUUAGUGUGAAUGCCGUAGAUAAUCCAACAAAAAUAAUUAUAAAACUAAAAAGAACACAACUGAAGUUAAUUGGCAAAACACAUACUUUAUAUAGCAUAUAAUAAAUUUAUAGCAUACACCCAAACGUACUUUUAAAAUGUAGGUUCUCCCAUCUCCAAUCUUUCCCUGUGCCUUUGAGGAAGCUUCCCCUUCAUUAGAGGAAUUAGUGUAAUUAUUCUCAGUGUGGCUGCAAAACACACCCUUUUCUAUGACCCCUCCAAUCCCACUGAGUGUGGAUUUUCUCAAAACUGCCCCUCUAGCCUAUCCGACCGGCCAUCCAAGACAACUCGGUCUAAUUAAAACGGGCCCUUGCUGUGAUUCUAUUUUGUUUGAAGUGGGGACUGAGUGGUUCAUUAUGGCUGUGCGCUGUAUAACCUUUGAUCCUACAUUAUAACCAGCUGGAAGGUUUUGGAUAUGGUAGUGUGUUAAAUUUCAUUUGAGUCAAAAGCCGAAGAAUGAAAGUCAGUGGUGAUGUCAGGUAAAUUAUUUUGAGAUUUUCUCUGGCAAAGAGUAAACAAAGCCCUCGCAUGCAAAGACAUUUUUGUCACGACUUCAGUGUCCCUGGACCAAAACGAGUAUAUUUUAGUGUGGUAAACAAGCUUUGUUUGUUUUGUUUGGCACUGUGUUUCAAGUGGAUGUGAUAAAUGUAAAGUAACAAUGAACUAGCACACUGGGGAGAGGGGUAGUCGUGGUGUUGUUGAGGUGCUUUGAAGAUAAGCUUGGAAGAAAGAGUCCUCUGUAAAUGCUCCUGCUGUAGACUGGUAGCUGGCAAGACACUGAAGCUGUCUCCUGCUGGACACAUUCUAUGCAUUUUCACACCCAUACUCUGGCUCUAGAUCACAAAGACCUGUCUUUCCUUUACAACAAACUUUUAUGUUUUUCUGUCAUUCUUUGUAAAAGUUCUUACGAUGUUUGGUUUUAAUUAUAAUUUCUCCUGCUAGUCAUUGAUGUUUUCUGUUCCUUAAAUUCGCCAGUACUCCUGACGAUAACCUCUGUCUGUACAUAGCUGCUGACUGUGGGUCCAGUAGAUUUUUUAUUAAUGUACAGACUCAUGCAGACUCUGUUUGUUUUUGAGCAAAUACUCAGCACACUCCUUUUAAUAAUGAAAAGACAAACUAUCUCUCCUGGUCUCUUGUUCCGGAGGACAUAGUGAUCACAGUCAUGUCUUUCACCUGCACAUAGCCAUGUCUUGUAUGUUACCUCAUGUUAUUGUUAUUCAUGUAUAGAAACAUGCUUGUCAUCUUACCCAGUAAUAAUAAAAAUAAAACUUCAUAACGACA